UAUAAGAAUUUAAAUCGAUUCGAAUACUUAUUUAACACGGAUCGUUUUUGAUGUUUUUUUUUCUCUGAAGAUUAUUAGCGAAGUCUAUAAAGUAUUGUGGAUUCUUACAGUCAACUUUUCUAUACUCUUGAUUAAUGUCUGUCCAAUAAUAUAUAAAAAAAAAAUAGCAGAAAAAUUGUUUCAAUUUCGUGUUAUAUUUUUUCCAAAUUUAUCCAUAAAAUCUUAAAAUUUUUGUGUGAGUGGAAUAAUCAAUCGUUCAAAAGAAUUUUGGAAUAUAUCAAGAACGUUGAUAUUACUGAAUACAUGUUGAAACACGAUGAUAGUUAUAUUAAAAGAAUUUUCAUCGAUUCAAGUUCAACGGUUUUGGUUUUUACACUGAACUGAUUUUUUUUUUCUAUCAUAACGUUAUAAAGUGAUGGUGCCUUGGAGUUUUAUCCAACAAUGAAUCCAAAUUAUUUUAAAAGAAGUUUUAUACCACUAAUACUUUUGUAUAUGAGUCAUAAUUGCUAUUUGUGCUUUGAAAUAACUCAUGAAGAUAUCAGAAGUGCAAUUCUCAGUCUCGCUCAUAUUAUGCGAGAAAAUACAGAAAAAUUAGAAAGGCAUGAAUUCCGUGAUCGUCAGGUAGAUGAACAAUUACGAAAAGCAUUAAUGGUUAUUAGUAGGAGAAUACAACUGAUUGAUAAUUUCGAAUCUCAAUUUAAUGAUGUUAACAAAAAAAUGGAUAAAGUUGAGCAGUUCUUCAUAAAGUCUACUAAUGACAUAACGGUGUCACAUAUAAAACUCAUUGAAAAAAUUGGCAAUUACUUGAAUAAUUCGUCACCAUCCCGCUGUUACGAUGAAAAUUCAACUGCAUUAAUUCUAGAACCACUGCAAACAAUAUCUGAAUUCAGAAAAAAUUUAACUGAAGUUUGGAUAACAUCAGCCGAAUCUGAGAAGAACUUAAAAUUAAUUUUACUGAAGAAUCUUACAGACAUUGACGCAAAGUAUCAGCUAAAUACGAAUAAAAUAAAACAUUUAAUUCAUAAUUCAAGUUUGGAUAUAAAGACACAAUACGAAAAAGUAGAGAAUGACCUAAAAAUUUUGACUAAUGGACAGACUAUAAUAAUAAAUAUAGCUGACCAUAUACUAGAGAUAAAAAAGAAAAUCGAGUAUGGAAAUCAUCAAUUAUCGGCAAAAAUGGAUUUUUUUUUGGAUUUUCAGAAUGAAAAAGUUGAUGCAGCUUUAACGAAAAAAUUUCUUGAACUAAACAAAAAUAUAAUUACUAAUUACGAUCAACUUAAUGGUAAUAUAUCUUAUAAAAUUGAAAUAGAAACAAGUCAGAUUUGGCGUCAAAUUAAUAUUAUGAGUACACAAAUAAUGCAUAAUAGCGAAGCAAUAUCGAAAUUUAAUAAUACGAGUGAAGCCUUUAUAAAUAGAACGACAAAAAUUUUCGACAUUCUAACGACUAAGGCGUUUCUUCUACUCCGCAACCGCUUGCACAGACAGAGAAUUACGACCACCAAGAAAUAGCAGGUAAUUCGCACCAACUGUACUGUACUCAUAACUUGCUCAAAUGCCUUUCAGUACCUAUAACAGGUAUAAGAAAUAUCUAAAAAGUAUCUUUUCUCAUGAUUUUAUUAUUGUAUAGAUAAUUUAAAUAAUUUUUUAUCGCAUUGCUACGAUUAUUAAUAUUGUUAUUAUCAUCAAUAUCAUUAAUAAUUAAUAUAUUGAAAGUCUUGUCUUUUGUAUCAUUGACGAUACAAUACAUUGAAGUUAAGCGAUAAAAAAAACCUUUUUUGCAGAUUUCAUAAAAAAAUA